UUCGAUUGUUAAUCAUCUUCCCGGCUUUCCGCCGUGGUUACGCAUCGAGCGAACUAUGUCGACGCCUUUCCCGGAGCGGGAUCCAUGCCCAGACCGCAUCCUCGACGAUCUGGGCGGCGCCUUCGCCAUGGGCGCCGUGGGCGGCUCCGUCUUCCACUUCGCCAAGGGCACCUACAACUCGCCCAACGGCGCGCGGCUCGCCGGCGGCAUGCAGGCCCUGCGCAUGAACGCGCCGCGGAUCGGCGGGGCCUUCGCCGUCUGGGGCGGCCUCUUCUCCGUCUUCAACUGCACAGCGGUCUUCGUGCGCCAGAAGGAGGACCCCUGGAACUCCGUCAUCGCCGGCGCCGCCACCCACGGCUCGCUCAACCUGCGCAGGGGCCUCGGAGCCGCUGCUCGCUCCGCGGUGUUUGGCGGCUGUCUCCUCGCGCUCAUCGAGGGUGUCGGCAUCGUGCUCAAUAACGUCGUCGACGAAUCCGCACGGCCACAACCGCCAGUCGACGACCCCAACUUGGCCGCCGCCACCGCCACUGCGACCGGAGGAGGCGGCUUCCAAGCCUCCAAUGACUUCCAGUGACCGCCCAUGUCUCCAGUGGAGAUCGCAGGAUCCGUCUUCGACGAGAAAGUGGAGGAGGCGAGGAAGCACAGUGGCAAUGGUGUCGAGUUGGAGAGCCUUCACACCCGUCCGAUACCAUGGUUCGCG